GAGGCUCAAAGAACCUCUGGGAAGCCAAUCAUGACGGCGAACGAGACUUACAUAAUCAGGAACAAAGUUCUCCACCCCGGCCCGCUAGGCCGAGUCGGGACCAUGCCGCAAUGACCUCGUCUCUCACGUCCACGGAGCACACUGCUUGCUGCGUUGCCAUGCCGUGCUGUGCUUGGCUGUGUUGCUUCCAAUGCUGCUGCUCCACCUCCUGAUGGCCCAGCUCGCCGUUGCUGUUGCUUCACGGUCCAAUGCUUCAGUGGAGUGAUCCACCCCCAAGAGAACCCCCAGCCGUUUACUGCGUAGUGCGGCGUACCGGUGCAGACACCAUGGCAACUCCCCUCGGCGACGACUUCACCACCUCACCUCCGAACCACGCCACCGGGCUCCCGUCCGGGAGGUUCGAGUGUUCAUUGCGCUCCCAUGUAUUGGUCCGAUUCAAACGUCCGGCUUCUGCACGCUGCGAAGAAACUGCAUACCAGACUGCAUACCAGCCUGGCAGUGCCGCUCAAUUGCAAACAAACUAAGGCACGUCUUCACGCCAUUCAGCAUCCAGCAAAUCAAGGGCAAACCGCCUUGCAGUUGAUCAUGUCUCCGAAUCACGGUGACCGAUUGGACAUGGAAACACCCCCUUGGACGAUGAACUGCCGGUCCUGCUUCUCGCCGCUGAAUGGACCGCAUAUCCCUCUCACCCCUUCUCCAGUGAUGCGCGAAUAUGACGAACGGAUAUACCAAUUUGCCCACACAUUACGCAUAAUCAGUUCAUGAGGACUUGCUUUUGACCAGAUUAACCAUAGACAUGGUACAAGCUUCUCGCCUCGGCCGCCACUGGGCCACUUCCCUCGUGCUGAUGCUGGACAGUCCUCCCUGGUGAAUCUGGGGGAGGCGACGUCGUGGUGGGCAGGGACUGCCGCUGCUCCGCUGCUCCGGGUCAACAUGGGCAACCCGGCAUCGGAUGUGCCCUGGCACCUCUCCGUGAUGGUCCUUCUUCGUUCCUGGCAUGCGCCCAGUAUGCACGUUCGGGAUCUCCCUAUGAUCUACCUAACCGUCAGGCAAAUUUAAAUCACACAGGCUAGUCUGUGCGAGGAACUCCGGCCGACUUGGCGAUCUGAGCACCAACCAGUCCCUUCCAUGUCAACUCACUCGCGACGGAGCGAGCACCAUCAAGUGUGAUAUUUCCCCAUGGCCGUUGAUCAGCUAAAAACCCUACGAAGUAUCCCAACCAGGACCAGGAAAGAAGUUUCGUCACACUCACUCAUCUCAACGAGGCUUGGUACGUACUCCCAUAUCAAUCCGGCCUGCCCUCUUCCAAGCCCCAAGUUUUCUAUCUAGAGCAUACGCAGUCCGCCUUUCGUUUCUUCCUCCUCCUCAUCCGCAUUCUUCUUCUCUUCUUUUGGUCAUUGUAAGGAACGCCUAGAGCGCCGGAACCUUCGCUGUCACUUUCUUCGUUGCUUUCGACGAAUGCUUGCCGAAUAGAUUCGACACAUACAAGCGGCUUCCGCCAAUCUCCCUCCUCCACCCUUCAUCAUGGCGCCCGGCGUGCUGUCCUACUCCUCAUCGGGGACAUCGCCAUCGGCAAGUCCUGUCAUGAUGACCCCUAUCGAUCACUCCGAUACCACAUCCGAUGGCUUCACUAGCCUGUCCGUGGGGCCCCUAGACGGUGUCGGCCUCAACAUCCACGGACAAUCAACAAAUGGACACUCCAACGGCAGUGCCAGUGCUCAUGCGACGAGCCAGGGCUACACCAACCCCGUCGGCGGCAGCGACGCCGGCCUGAAGCAGAUGCCCAUUGCCAUCGUCGGUAUGGCCUGCCGUAUGCCCGGCAGCGUCUCCAGCCCCGCCGAGUUCUGGGAGCUGUGCUCCCGCGCCAGAACCGGCUUCACUCCCGUGCCCAAGGAGCGCUUCAAUCACGAAGCAUUCUACCACCCGAACCCGGGCAAGACUGGAGCUUACCACGCAGAGGGUGGUAACUUCUUGGACGUCGACCUGGCGUCGUUCGAUGCCCCCUUCUUCGGCUUGACGGAGAAGGAGGCUAUCUCCAUGGACCCCCAGCAGCGUCUUCUGCUCGAGUGCACAUUCGAGGCCCUCGAGAACGCUGGUAUUCCCAAGCACACGAUUGUUGGAAAAGACGUCGGUGUCUUUGUCGGCGGCAGCUUCGCCGAGUACGAGAGUCACUUGUUCAGGGACAGUGACACGAUCCCCAUGCACCAGGCCACAGGAUGUGCCCAUGCGAUGCAGUCCAACAGACUCUCACAUUUCUUCGAUCUCAGGGGACCGAGUUUCACAGCAGACACAGCUUGCUCAGCAAGUUUGGUCGCCCUCCACUUGGCGUGCCAGAGUUUGCGUGCUGGCGAGUCAACCUCAGCGAUUGUUGGUGGUUGCCAUCUGAACAUGUUGCCCGAGUUUUGGAUUUCCUUCUCGUCUUGCAGAUUGCUAGCGGACUCUGGCCGAUCUAUUGCCUUUGACCAGCGCGGUACCGGUUUCGGCCGUGGUGAGGGUUGUGGCAUGAUCAUUCUGAAGCCCCUCGACCAGGCCAUCAGAGACAACGACUCAAUUCGUGCCGUCAUCAGAGGCACUGGCAUCAACCAGGAUGGCAAGACGCCCGGCAUCACUAUGCCUAGUGGCGCAGCACAGGAGAAGCUCAUGAGGCAGAUCUACAGAAACGCAGGUCUUGACCCCAAUGACUGCGGUUAUGUUGAGGCCCACGGCACUGGUACCAAGGUCGGUGACCCGAUUGAGGCCACCGCCAUCCACAACGUUAUUGGCCAGAACAGAUCAACGAAGGAUCCCUUGUUCAUCGGCUCAGUCAAGUCGAACAUUGGUCACUUGGAAGCGGCGUCUGGUAUCGCUGGUGUCAUCAAGGCAACCAUGAUGCUGGAGAGAGGUUUCCUCCUGCCCAACCACGACUUCAAGAAGCCCAAUGAGAAGAUUCCAUGGAAGGAGUGGAACAUGAAGGUUCCUGCCACUCAAAGGCCCUUUCCCAAGAACAAGAAGUACAUCAGUGUCAACAACUUCGGUUUCGGUGGCACCAACGCUCACGUUGUUCUUGAGAAGGCACCGCACACCGGCGCCCCCAAGAAGGACAACAAGAACCUUCCUCCUCCCGAUAACAAGAAGGCCAAGAGCACCAAGAAGAUCUACGUCUUGUCUGCCAACGACAAGAACUCUGUCGGUGCCGUCAUGAAGAACCUCGUUGUCUACCUCGAGCAGAGACCUGAGAUUUUCCAGAACGAUCUCAUGGACAACAUCGCGUACACUCUUGGUUCGCGUCGCUCAAUGCUUCCAUGGAGGGUUGCUAUCCCCGCCACUGACUCUUUCGAGCUUAUCGAAACCCUUAACAGCGGCAAGGUCAUUCCCGGCAAGGAGACUGAGCCCUUGAGAAUCGGUUUCGUCUUCACCGGCCAGGGUGCUCAGUGGUGGGGCAUGGGCCGCGAAUUAUACGGCCAAUACCCCAUUUACACUGCCGCCAUUGACAGAGCCGAUGAGUGCCUGAGGAAGUUGGGUGCCGAGUGGUCCCUCGUCGAGGAGCUCAGCAAGGACCAAGAAUCUUCCAAGGUUUCCGAGGCUCACAUCUCUCAGCCGGCUUGCAGUGCUGUCCAGCUUGCAUUGACUGACCUUCUCCGCACCUGGGGCAUUCGCCCCGCGGCUGUUGCUGGUCACUCAUCUGGUGAAAUCGGCGCCGCGUACGCUGCCGGUAUCAUUGGCUUCGAGGCCGCCAUGGCCAUUGCCUACCACAGAGGCCGUCUUAUCCCCAUCCUGAAGCAGAGAAACCCUGAUCUUCAGGGCUCCAUGAUGGCUGUUGGUGGAACUAAGGAGGAAGUCCAGCCCAUGAUCGACGCUCUCAAGCAACAACAGGUCAGAAUUGCCUGCUACAACAGUCCCUCCAGCUUGACCAUCUCUGGUGACUCCGCAGCCCUCGGCGAGCUCGAGAAGAACCUUGAGGACAAGCAGAUGUUCAACAGACGCCUGCAAGUCGAGACUGCUUACCACUCGCACCACAUGAACCUUGUUGCCAAGGAAUACCGCGAGUCCAUCUCUGAGCUUCCCCAUCCUCAGACUACCGAUGUCCGCUUCCACUCUUCCCUCUACGGACACCAGAUCGACGGCUUCGAGUGCCAGGCUCACUACUGGGUCAACAACCUUACCUGCCCUGUGCGCUUCUCUGAGGCUCUUGAGACCAUGUUGGAGCCCGUCGGCGAGCACAAGACUGGCGUCAACAUGAUCAUCGAAUUGGGACCCCACUCUGCUCUCCAGGGCCCCAUCAAGCAGAUCUUGAAGCACGUCGGAGAGGCUGCCAUGAAGGUGCCUUAUGCCUCUCCCCUUGUCCGUAAGAAGGAUGCCGUUGAGUCUGCGAUGGACUUGGCCUGCAACCUGAUCACCAAGGGUGCCAUUCUCAACAUGGACAACGUUAACUUCCCCAACCUGAAGAAGAAGCCUUCACUGUUGACUGAUCUUCCUCGCUACGCCUGGAACUACCAGAACAAGUACUGGCAAGAGUCCCGCAUGACUCAGAUGCACAAGUAUCGCAAGUCGCCCAGAAACGACUUGAUUGGUCUGGAGGCCAUCUACUCCAGCGAUCUCGAGCCGACAUGGAGAAACAUUGUCCACUUGGAUGACCUUCCUUGGCUUCGCCACCACGCGAUCCAGUCGGUGACAAUCUUCCCCAUCUCUGCCUUCAUCGGCAUGGCUUUGGAGGCUUCCGCUCAGUGGGCUCAGCGCAAGGAGAUUUCAUUCGAGAAGUACGAGUUGAGAGAUGUCUCCGUCGUCAAGCCGUUGGCUCUGCAGGAUGCUGAUGUUGAGAUGACAAUCAACCUGCGCCCCCAUCAGGAGACCAACCUGACUGCAUCCGAGACCUGGAAGGAGUUCCGUAUUUGCUCUUGGUCUCACGGCAGUGGCUGGACAGAGCACUGUGUUGGUCUCAUCGCUCUCCAUGGCACUGAGACUAAUGAGGUCGAUGGUAAGGAGCAAAAGCUUGCCGCUCUUCGCGGAGCUGAGGCUACCAUGAAAGCCAGCGAGGGCCCUGAGGCUGUUGCCGUUGCGGAGAACGACAUGUACGAGCGCCUGACUGAGCUUGGUGUCGGCUACGGACCAUCCUUCCAGUGCAUCAAGGACUGCAAGGCGUCGAACAAGUACUCCACUGGUAUCAUUUCAUCUUUCGAUGUUGCGGCCGACAUGCCCAACCACUACCAGACCAGCUCUGUCCUCCACCCUACCUUCUUGGAGUCCGUCAUUGAGAUGUACUGGCCCAUCCUUGGCGCCGGCCGCACUGACAUCAACACGGUCUACCUUCCCUCUUCCAUCGGUCGCAUGUCCAUCUCUCGCGAUAUCACCGCCCUUACUAAGGAGGUUGGCAGCACCCUCAAGGCGUACUGCAAGGCUGAUUUCCCCGCCGAGGCCCGCUCUACCAAGGUCUCUGUCUUCGCCACCUCAGAAGCCAACGACUUGGUCAUUGAGAUUGAUGAGCUCACCGUUUCUCCCAUUAUUGACGGAGAGACUGAGCUGGCCAGCAACCCUGCUCGCGAGCUUUGCUACAAGCUCGAGUGGGAGGAGAUUGGAACUCUGAAGUCACUGUCUGGCAAGUCCAAGACCAAGAUCAACGGUGCCUCCGGCGUCAAGGUUGAUGCUCCUUUGCCCGAUGUUGACGUCGCCAUCAUUCACGGCGACUCCAACUCUCAGCAGAUGUUGGCCAACGGCCUGGCGAUUGCUCUGGCCAGUGCAACCUCCAGACUGCCUGAGAUGGGUACCAUGCACGAAGUCAACACUGAGGGCAAGCUUACCGUCGUCCUCACUGAGAUUGAGCAACCUUUCCUUGCCAACCCUACCAAGGAGCAGUUUGCCGAAGUCCGUGGCAUGCUUGCCGGUGUCCAGGGCUGCCUGUGGGUUGUCCGUGGUGCAUACGACAAGGCUACCUCGCCUGAGUCCAACAUGAUCAUCGGUCUUAGCAGAACCGUUCGCUCUGAGACUGUUCUGCCCUUCGCCACCCUUGAUCUGGAUGACAACAACCAGCUCGAUGAGGACGAUUCUGCUGCAGUCAUCUUUGAGAUCUUCAAGCUCGCCUUCGGUGCUAGUGCCUCGUCGACCAGCGAGCUUGAGUUCAUGGAGCGAUCCGGCAAGCUCUCCACUCCCCGCAUUGUCCACGAUGAGGACAUGAACGAAUUCGUCCACCGCGAGACCAACCCUAGCGUUGUUGAGAUGCAGCCUUUCGGCAAGGACAACCGAUGCCUCAAGAUGGAGUUCUCUACCCCCGGUGCCAUUGAGACGGUGCACUUCGUUGACGACGUUGCUGCCACACAGCCUCUUGGUGACAACGAGGUUGAGUUCGACGUUAAGGCCGUUGGCAUGAACCUUCGCGAUGUUAUGAUCGCCAAGGGCCAGAUCCCUGAGGCUGACAAGCACGCUCUUGGUGUCGAGGCUUCCGGUAUCGUCACCAGAGUCGGCUCUGCUGUCAAGGCCCACAAAGCCGGCGACCGCAUCGCCGCCCUCACCAUCAGCCACGGUGCCUAUGCUACCCGCACUCGCACCACCGCUGCCAACGUCAUGGCCAUGCCAUCCAAGAUGUCCUUCGAGGAUGCCUCGACCCUCCCCUUGGCUUACUGCACUGCCUAUUACAGCUUGGUCGAGCAAGCCCGCCUCCGUGAGGGCCAGCGCAUCCUGGUUCACUCUGCCGGUGGUGGUAUUGGCCAGGCUUCAGUCUGCCUCGCCAAGAUGAUCGGUGCUGAGAUUUUCGUCACUGUCAGCACCGCCGCCAAGAAGAAGCUUCUCAUGCAGCACUACAAUGUUCCUGAGGACCAUAUCUUCUACAGCCGCAACACCACCUGGAGAGCCGCCGUUAGACGCGCGACCAACGAUGAGGGUGUUGACGUUGUUCUCAACACCCUCCCCGGCGCUGAUGCCCUGAGAGAGAGCUGGGCUUGCCUCAGCCGCUUCGGUUGCCUUGUUGAUGUUCGCAGAAAGGAUGGCUCUCGCGCCACCCGCCUCGACAUGGGCCAGUCUGACAGCAACGCCUCCUUCCUCAGUGUUGACAUCUUCGGCCUUGCCGCCGAGAGGCCCAAGAUUAUGGAGAGACUCGUCGCUGAUGUCUCCAAACUUCUUGCCGACGACCAACUCCGACCCAUCGACCCUGCCACCGUCUUCCCCGUGUCCUGCAUGGAGACAGCCUUCAAGACGCUGCAAACCACCCAAGGACCUGGAAAGUUGGUUGUUGUUCCUCAUGCUGAGGAUGUCGUCAUGGCUACUCCUUCCAAGGCUGCCAAGGCCCUUCUGAAGCCUGAUGCUACCUACCUCCUCAUCGGUGGUACUGGUGGUCUCGGCCGCAGCAUGUCCAGGUGGAUGGUUGCCCACGGCGCCAGGAACCUUGUUCUCCUGUCCCGCAAUGGUUCUGCCACUGGCAAGGUUAAGGAGCUCAUCGACGAGGCUGCCAACGAUGGUGCCCACAUCACCGUUCGCCCUUGCAAUGUCGCCGACAAGUCUAGCGUUGAGCAGUUGUUCAACACUGGCCUCAAGGGUCUUCCUCCCGUCCGUGGUGUCAUCCACGGUGCUAUGGUCCUUCGCGACGUUCUGUUCGAGCAAAUGACCUACAACGACUACACCUCGGUCACCGAGUCCAAGGUCCAGGGUGCAUGGAACUUCCACAAUGCCCUCCAAGAGCGCCAGACUGAGCUUGACUUCUUCAUUGCCAUCUCUUCCGCUGCCGGAGCCGUUGGUAACCGUGGUCAAGCCGCCUAUGCCGCCGCCAACUGCUUCCUCAACGCCUUCGUCCAGCACCGUCUUGCCCUUGGUCUGCCCGCUACCUCUCUCGACUUGACCGCUGUCUCUGAUGCCGGUUACCUGGCCGAUGGUAGUGCCGAGCGUGCUGCUGAGGUCGCCAAGAACUUGGGAUCCGACAGCAUUUGCGAGGCCGAGGUGCUUGCUCUCAUCGGCGCAUCCAUUUCGAACAAGACUUCCGUCUGCAACCACCACGUCAUCACUGGUAUGCGCAUCACGCCCAGCAUCCAGCCCUUCUGGACUCCCGAUGCCAAGUUCAAGGCUCUCCGCCUGGCCGCCGAGGAGCUUGCCGCUGCCGAGGCCGGUGCCAACGGUGCCGUCUCACUCAACGCCGCCCUCAAGGCGUCGCGUAGCGAGACAGAGGCCAUGGAGGUUGUUUGCCGCGGUUUGGUCGAGAAGAUUGCCGCCGUCCUGAUGAUGGAGAUUGAAGACCUCGACGUCACCCGCAGCUUGUCGCACUACCCGCUUGACUCGCUUGUCGCCAUCGAGAUCCGUAACUUCAUCACUCGCGAGUUCGAGGCCAACAUGCAGGUCCUCGAGUUGUUGAGCAGUGGUAGCAUCCAGACUCUCACAAAGGCUGUCUGCAAGAAGAGCAAGCUUUGCGUCGGAUUCGACUGGAGUAACUAGAGACGGGGCAACAACAUUAGGAGAGAUACAAGAGAGAUGAGAGAAAGAGUUAUGGGCAUCAUCAUACUACGAAGACAUGAAGACGAUUGAGUAGUGUUUUAUUAGAUUGUUAGUGUUUUUCGGAGAUAUCGUCAAAGAUAUAAUGGGGGCGCUUUUAUGAGGAUAUGGAUUGUACUUGUAUGAGUCGAGGAUACGAGAUCAGACUCGAUGGAAGGAUUUACACAGGGAACAUGGUGGUCACACGGGACACAAGGGCGAUCAGAACCACAAUUCUGCAGUCUCCUUACUAUUACUAGUUGUUAUGAGUGAGUUGUAACAAGUUUAUCUGUAUUUCGUGUGGGAACGCUAUGGGAACUGGCAAGGGAUAGCAGUGGGAGAAACAGCGCAACCUGGAGAGAAAGGUCUUGGAUGGAUCAUAGCUGAGGCUGAGAGGAGGAGG